AUGUUGCCGGCUGUGUCUUCCAAGGAGCUGUCCCUGGUGGAAGGCAACCAACGGCGAGACUUCGCAGACAUUGUUUGGCAAAUAGCGGAACGCAGAGGUUGCAACGAGUUCGUGGUGAGGUACGACUGCGGGCACUCACUCCGAGCCGAAGUCUGGGCUCCUCAUCUUCCCAGCACGAAGGACUAUGGCACCCACGAGGCAGACCGAUCACGGUACGUGCAGCACUGCUUGCACGUCCUCACUCGCCACCCCGCAGAACCACAGGUGCAGGUUACCGUGCCAGAAGGCCGGUGUCGGCACUGCCAGCGCGGCCAGCGACAGACUCUGGUAUGCGGACCUGUUCAUACCGAUCUCAGGGAACCAGCAGCACCCGGACUCGUCGCCAAGACCCUGGGGCGUGGUGCGCUGGACGCCUUGACUCGCGCCAAGCGUGUGGAUCUGCCAAUGACCGCGCAUGCCUUCCUGGCCACGAUCGGGCAGGUCUGCAAGAUGCCAGAGACAGCCAACCUCCGUCUUUUGGUAGGUGCUCAGGAAGCAGUGCUGGAAAUGCCGUGGUCGACGAAGCAGAUGAUGCCGAAGGAGGAGAUUCACCAAUGGACCCGGAAGGAGAUCGAGGACGAUGUGGAGUCAAUGCUGUUCAGAUACAUCUGCUGCUCCGCUAUCUUGCUCUUCGUGUUCAGCGGCGAGAGCUUCUACCAUCUGGUGAGCAACCUGAUGCCGAUUCAGCCGGAGGCCAACGUAAACUUCAAGGAAAUGGAGUAUAUAGGACUCGACCAGCUGACCCCGGAGCUCGUGGUGCUCGAGAAUCUCACCACUCUCAGUGGCCUCGAGCUGCGGGUGGCCAACUGCACCUGGAUUAUGUCAUCCCUGACAUACGCGGUGCACACG